AUGUUUAGUUUAGAAGUUGAAGUUGAACACACCAGGUUCAGCUGUGAAAAUGGUUAUGUAAUAAGCAGUGGUGAGAUCAUUGAUGCUGUUAGUCCGGUGAUGUCGGAAGAGAGGAGGGAGAGGUUCAAGAAUGUGGUUCAGAACAGGAGCUACUCAGUUUGUUUGGUGGUGGAAGGGCUCUGCGACUUUGGGAAUGUUUCCGCUGCAUUUCGGUCUGCGGAUGCACUUGGGGUGCAGUCUGUUCAUGUGGUGUCUUGUGACGCCAACAAAAGUGGCAGGUAUAGAGAUAAUCAUCAUGUGAGCAUGGGUGCAGAAAAGUGGUUGGACAUUGAAUUGUGGGACUCUACAACGGAGUGCUUUAAGAUGUUAAAAUCACGUGGUUAUCGAAUCGCCACAAUCCAUCUAGGAAUGGAUACUGUUUCUAUAUAUGACAUGGACUGGUCCUGCCCAACUGCAAUUGUAGUUGGGAAUGAGAAUAGGGAAUCUCUGCUAAUGUUCACACUGCGAGGAGGCUUUGGAGUUGUCGGAUUUGCAUUGCAGUAUUCCGAUGAACGAAUGGUAGACUCUUUCAAUGUUUCGGUUGCUGCUGGAAUCCUGAUGCACCAUGCCGUGUGUGAUAGAAUAUCACGAAUGUACCGAUUUCAGGUGAAAGAAUAG